AUGUUCCACAGCAAGCACCCAUCUGGUGAGAUGCACGCAGCAGUCCGAGCAAUCUCUGGCGGUCCAAUCUACGUGUCGGAUCGCCCCGGUGAGCAUGACUUUGAGCUACUGAAGCAACUGGCCGCACCGGACGGGGAGCUUCUACUGUCUGAUGGCCCCGCUCGACCUACCCGGGAUUGCCUGUUCCGCGAUCCACAGAAGGACCAGAAGACAGUGCUGAAGAUCUUCAACACCAACUGCGCCGGGAAGCUGGGUGUCUUGGGCUUGUUCAACAUCCAAGGCUCCUCCUGGGAUCGCUCGCGCAGGCGCUUCGCCAUGCUCCACAGGGAGGCUCCGUUGCACGCCUGGGCUCGUCCCCGGGACGUGGAGGCGUUUCGCUCCGAGAGGAAGUCAGAGAGGACCGCCGAGAGGCCCACCGGCGAGUUUGCCGCUUUUCAGCGAUCCAAGUCGGAGAUUCUGCUGCUUCCGGACGGAUACCACAGCAUCCCGGUGGAGUUGGGGGGGGGGGGGGCUCCCAGCGUUUCGAGGUGA